CAAAGAACACACUGCGCAUGACUUCCUGGUUUCAAAAGUGAAACCGACGCACAGCACAGUCUUUUUAAUCAAACAGUGAUAUUAGAGUUUUAAGUUUACGCUGAACCAUUGGACCAGACAAACUAGCUUUUCCUGGGCAGCUUAUUUGAAAACAAUGCGCGCUUUCUGCCAUUUGCUCCUCGACGGCUGUAUAAUCUGUAGUUGGUGUCUCGUUUUCUUGUUUUAAUUUCCCUGACAACUAAAUGACGCACAGGCACAGACCGAGAUGAUGAGCCUGCCAGAGAUAUUUACUGAAGUUGAGCUUAAGAUUCAUCCAGCCAUCUUUCAGCCACCAAAUUCAGUUACCAGCAUACUGAAUGGAAAGACUAUACGAGUUACCCAGAAAGAAGACUAUUUAAUUGCAACCGGGAAGUUCCAAGAUAUUAAAGAUUUUUAUAAGUCGUGUAUAAAGAUACAAACAACACAUAAUAGACCAAAGCAUCCAAAGCAACAGGAAAUGAGUAUGAGCAGUCACACCACUGCAAGCCCGGGAUCAGCUCAAAACGACCCUUCAGUAUUUGAUCCAAUUAAAGUUGAUGACACUGUUAUGCAGUACAUCAAAGAAAAGAAAUCAAAGGAAUUUGAAGCGAUCCAGAAAAGGCAUGGAGUUUCCAUAAAUACAUUCAAAAAUUAUCUGACCUUUACACCUCAGACUGGUAAGAACAUUCAUGCUCAAUUUGCACGAGAAGAGUUUAUAACACUGUAUCAAAAGAUUGCAAUUGGACUGCAAAUCAGGAACCACAAUUACCGUCGAGAUAUUUUUGAAUUUUGCUCUUCAGAGUUUCCAGAACUCUUAAUCAAUCUCAGUAGUGAUAGAAAACAAAUGCAACUAAUUGGCGACUUCAUUAGCCUUGAAAGAUUUGACACAUGUCUGAAAGGGAGUGACUGGAGAAGGUAUUCACUGCACCAAACCCCAAGUAGAACAAUGACACACUACGACACACCUCGCACUCAACCUGCAAAACAUGAGAAAACAUCAGACCAGGCCAAAGAUGAGACAUGUCCCAUCUGCUUGGAAACCAUCAAGAUGCCUGAAUCCACAGUGUUAACUAAAUGCCAGCACAGGUUUUGCAAAGACUGUUUGGACACAGCUUUUCAGUUGAAGCCGGCCUGCCCGAUAUGUGGAGAAAUAUACGGCAGCCUCACAGGGACACAACCCAAAGGAGGAACCAUGACAGUCUCACGGGACAGAUCCUGUUUACCUGGAUAUAAAGGAUACGGGACGAUCGUCAUCACCUACUAUAUACCAAGUGGAUCGCAGGGGAUAUUUUAAAGAAUGUUGGAAAACAAAUGUAGGAAAGCAAAUACUAUAGAGCCUCCUUUCCACUGCACAUGACAAGCGACAGACCGGAAUUCAUUCAUUUCCAAUGGAGAGUAGUUCAGGAAUGUUGUGGAGUUAAGAUCAUCUCCGUAUGCGGAAAAUUCGGAUCCAAAUUGAGCUGCGGAUACAUUGAAGUGUUUGAACUUGUGUGACUACACCCUUUGCGACAGGUAAACAAGAAGUGAUGCAUUUCAGAGUUGUUCAAGCUGAUCUGUGCGCGCGAGAUGAGAAAAAAGUAGUUUUAUCGGUUAUUGUUUAUAUGAGAAAAAGUCUAUGUUAAAAAAAAACAUUUCUAUUCAUAAAUGAUUUAUAAAAAUAUUACUUUUUUAUGUUAUCUCCACAUUCCCUUCAAUAUAUUUAGUGGUCUAUGAGUUUCUAAUAUUCAUUUAUUCAUCUUUGGUGAAUGCAGAGACUAAAGACUCUUGCUUUUGCACUCCUUUAUUUCGGACACUGCGGGAACAGCUUCUCUUCCAUGGUGCAUGACAGAACUGAAAAUUCUGACAGUUGUGUCCAAAUGCGGCUUAGAUGUCUGACUACUAGUUUCCAACUUUCUUCAAAAAACAUCUUUUUGCGUCCAACAGAAGAAAGAAACUCAAACAGGUUGUCUUGUGAGUAAAUGACAACAUUUUCUUAGGUUUUUCAGCAAAAGAACAGUUACACCUCUUUUUAAUGACCCUCCCUAUAGGUCGAACACCCAAACCCAGGCAUGCCGUACCAUGGUGCGUCCCGCAUUGCAUACCUCCCUGACUCAACAGAAGGGACUCAUGUACUCAAGCUUU